AUGGCCUCGAAUGGCCAACCACCUGCCAGGAGGAGCCAUCAAGAUUCGAUGAGGUUGUCUGACGCGGUGGCCGUUCUGCAGUCACCCGAAUUGCUGGCGCGGACCGCACUUAGAAAUGGCCAGAGCAUCCCAGCCACACGGCUCGCCUAUGAAAAGCUAGCGGCCGGUAUCAAGGAAAAGGAGGAUGGUAGAGGAUUUAGAAGAGAUGUCACGGCCGCUGAGGACAAGUUCAACCCGGAUUGGAUGAAAAAUGAAGAAAAGGAGACCAUGGAGCAAAGGCGAAGUAGGAAUUGA